AUGGCGCUACAGAACAGUAAAGAGGCGAGAGAUGACGAGGCGAAUUGGGGAUUAAGCCGAGAUGGUGUGUUACAGGAUGGUGCAGAUGUAGUUCCGAUGCUCGGACAAGUGGCCCUGUGCGGUCUCCAAGUGAACAUAGUGGCGAUUGCAAUCCUGUCCCGGGGGAAGUGCGGCCUCUUCACGUGCACCACGCGCUACCUGGUUGCCAUGGCAGCGGCGGAUCUGACGGCUGUCGUCACUGCGCUCUUCACACGGGCCAAGUACUAUUUCCCGGGAUCCUUCCUGGAGACGUAUCCCUUGUGUAGCAUCAUCUUUGUACUGCAAUGUGCUUCCAGAGACUGUUCGGUCUGGCUCACCGUCACCUUCUCCUUCGAUCGGUUUGUCGCCAUUUGUUGUCAGAAGUUAAAAGCCAGCUAUUGCACGGGAAAGACUGCGGCCUUGGUUCUGGUGAUCACCUGCACUAUUAUGUGUUUAAAAAAUAUCCCCUUCUAUUUUAUUCAUAUCCCAAGAGAGAUAAUUAACGGUGUUUUAUGGUUUUGUAAGCUAAAUCCAGCUUAUUACACUGAAAACCAGUGGGUGAGCUUUGACCAAUUCGACAAGAGUUUAACCCCACUGAUUCCAUUCGCACUAAUUCUGAUCCUUAACGCCCUGACGGUCCAGCACAUUUUAGCGGCCAGUCGGGUUCGUAAGGGACUGAGGGGUCAGAGAAAGGGGGAGAAUUGCAGUGACCCGGAAAUGGACAGCAGGCGGCGCUCUGCAAUCCUCCUCUUCACCAUAUCCGGCAGCUUUAUCAUUUUGUGGUUGGCGACUGUUGUCAAUUUCUUCAAGUAUAACGUCGGAGGGACAGAUCCUAAUAGUUACACCGAUUCUGAAUUUAUCUUGGAGGCACUUGGAUACAUGUUGCAGAACCUGAGUCUGUGCACGAACACAUUUAUAUAUGGAGUAACACAGUCUAAGUUCAGAGAGCAUUUCGUAGCCGCAGUUAAAUGGCCACUGAUCACAAUUGUACGCUUAAUCAGGAGACAAAACAGUUGA